GCGCGGGGCGGGGCCGAGGACCCGGAGACCCGGGCGGGAGGAAGCACCGUGCUCAGCGCGGCGCGGGAGUGCUGGCCAGGCCAUGGAGGCGGAGCCGCAGCUCUACCCGGUGGCGGGCGACGGGGGCCCGCAGGCCCCUGAAGACCGGCUCGGGGUGCAGGACGGCCCCGCAGCACCGCUGGACGAGCUGGUGGGCGCGUACCCCAACUACAACGAGGAAGAAGAGGAGCGCCGCUACUACCGCCGCAAGCGCCUGGGGGUGCUGAGGAACGUGCUGGCGGCCAGCGCGGGGGGCACGCUCACCUAUGGCGUCUACCUGGGCCUCCUGCAGAUGCAGCUGAUCCUGCACUACGACGAGACCUACCGGGAGGUGAAGUAUGGCAACAUGGGUCUGCCCGACAUCGACAGCAAGAUGCUGAUGGGAAUCAACGUGACGCCCAUUGCCGCCCUGCUAUACACACCUGUGCUCAUCAGGUUUUUUGGCACCAAGUGGAUGAUGUUUCUGUCAGUGGGCAUCUAUGCUCUCUUCGUUUCCACCAACUACUGGGAGCGCUAUUACACGCUGGUGCCCUCGGCCGUGGCCCUGGGCAUGGCCAUCGUACCCCUCUGGGCCUCCAUGGGUAACUACAUCACCAGGAUGGCGCAGAAGUACUAUGAGUACGCCCACUACAAGGAGCGCGAGGAGCAGGGCCCCCACCAGCGCCCCCCGCGGGGCUCCCACGCGCGCUACCUCCUGGUGUUCCAGGCUGUCUUCUUCUGCUUCUUUCAUCUGAGCUUCGCCUGUGCCCAGCUGCCCAUGAUCUACUUCCUGAACCACUACCUCUACGACCUCAACCACACGCUGUUCAACGUGCACAGCUGCGGCACUGACAGCCAGGGCAUCCUCACCGGCUUCAACAAGACGGUCCUACAGACACUGCCACGCAGCCGCAACCUGAUCGUGGUGGAGAGCGUGCUCAUGGCGGUGGCCUUCCUGGCCAUGCUGCUGGUGCUGGGCCUGUGCGGCGCCGCCUACCGGCCGACCGAGGAAAUCGACCUGCGCAGCUUGGGCUGGGGCAACAUCUUCCAGCUGCCCUUCAAGCACAUGCGCGACUUCCGCCUGCGCCACCUGGUGCCCUUCUUCAUCUAUAGUGGCUUCGAGGUGCUGUUCGCCUGCACGGGCAUCGGCCUGGGCUACGGCGUCUGCUCCGUGGGGCUAGAGCACCUGGCCUACCUGCUGAUGGCUUUCGGCCUGGGCGCCUCGGCCUCCUCCCUGCUGGGGCUGCUGGGGCUCUGGCUGCCCCGCCCGGUGCCCCUGGUGGCCGGCGCUGCCCUGCACGUGCUGCUCAUCCUCAGCCUCUUCUUCUGGGCCCCGGCGCCCAAGAAUCUGCAGCACCUGUGGCUCCUCUACGGCGUGGCCGCGCUCUGGGGCGUGGGCAGUGCCCUCAACAAGACUGGGCUGAGCACCCUCCUGGGAAUCCUGUACGAGGACAAGGAGAGGCAGGACUUCAUCUUCACCAUCUACCACUGGUGGCAGGCCGUGGCCAUCUUCGUGGUGUACCUGGGCUCGGGGCUCCCCAUGAAGGCCAAGCUGGCGGUGCUGCUGCUGACGCUCUUGGCCUCGGCCGCGUCCUACCUGUGGAUGGAGCAGAAGCUGCGGCGCGGCGUGGUCCCCCGCCAGCCCCGCAUCCCGCGGCCGCAGCACAAGGUGCGGGGCUACCGCUACCUGGAGGAGGACAACUCGGACGAGAGCGAUGCGGAGGGAGAGCGCGCAGGCGGCGCGGGCGGGGGAGAAGGCCGGGAGGACUGCGCGGAGGAGGAGGCGCCACCGCCCGCGGGGCCCUGCCUCUACGAGCAGGCGCUGGGAGGCGAGCAGGUGCCGGGAGACGGACCCCGAGAACGCGGGGGCGAGCAGUGAGUCGGCUCGCUGGCCUGGGUCACUCGCAGGAACUGUCUUCAAGGACGGCGCCCCCCUCCCACCCGUGUUGUGAACAUCCCCUCCCCGGGCGCGCAGGGACUUGAGGCCGUGGCCAGAGCUGGGGGUCCAGAGGCCACACUGGGGGGGGGGGGGGUGGCUCCCACUGUCUCCUCCAGAGCUGCCGCCACAGCAGGACCUGGGGGGCUUUUCCCGCACCCCUUUCCCCGGCCCUGCGCUGCAGGCCUGCGCCGCUGCCAUUGUCUCCCCGAGCUUUGCACAUCCUGUCCCCGUGGUCCUCCAGGGGACGCGACAUUUUAUAGAAAAGGAGCAAUAAAGAGACUUGCAUUGCA